CUUUAUUAACAAUUUUUUCAGUAAUUUUAACUAAAAUGGCUAAUUAUUAAAGUAAUGAAUUCUGACACAAUCAACAGUAAUUUUCGUUUCAAUCAGCUGUGUUCUGACACUCUGACGUUUAUCGGCCGACGGCCGUCUUACUUUAAUUCGAGUCAUCAGGGUAAAUUCGAUCCAUGGGAAAGUCAUGUUAGUUCGAGUUAACGAAGAGUUCCAGUUAGCUGAUAGUAAAUGACUGGAAAAAUUUGGUUAAACCCAGGAAAAAUUGAAUCCUGUUAGAGUUAGCGAUUCGAGUUAACUUACAAUGAUGCGACAAGAAAUUAAAAGCUAACAGUAAUUAGCGGCACUCUGACAAUCCCACAAAGCCAUAUUUGACUUACGUUAUCUAUUUUAUCAAUUCGGUAUGUAUGGUCUGCAUAGGAAAUAUUUAACAGGAUAUAUAUUGAAAAUGGCACCCGUUUAGCCUCUUAAAUUACUAUGUUAUAACCACAUUUGGAUAAAUAUGUAGUUUUAUGCAUAAAAUUUAAUUUUUGUAGUGUAGAAUUGCAUUUCUUGAUCACUAAUUUUCUUUUUCCUGACCGUAACUGAAUCAAUUAGUGUUGGAACUAAAAGCAUUUCCUUCCAUUAAAGCAAACAUCUGCAUCCUUUCCAAAAAAAAAGUAUUAGCAGCACGCACUUAUGGCCCACAAUUUAAUCCUGCAUAGGUUUCGCCAACUCUUGUGAAGUUGAGAAACUGUAACCAUCACUAAGAACGCUUUGCCGCCGAUGAUUCGCUCGAAAAGUGACCAUGACUUGCGAGCAGCAUUAUAAAUAUGAUAUGAUCCACAAGCUGAUUAAAAGCUUGAGCUAUUGAAAACAGAACUCGUUUGAGAUCCUUUCAAUCUCUAAGAAAUCCCACUGAAGUCUUUUGCAGAAAUUUUUUGAUAAAAAAAAAAUCCUCUUACCUGUCCGUUAAGGGUAAAUUUCGACUAUACUACUUCCUUUUCUUCGUCUGUUCUUGGUUCCGAUAUGCAUAAAAGCCACUUGUCUGUUUUGGCUAGCUGGGUAAUUUUUGCCAACUUUCACUAAAAAUAAAUAUAAAUUUUGGAAGUACAUUUGGAACUCGAUCCUCGGUUAAUGAAUAAGGUAGAUGCUUUCCUCUGCAAAAAUUGUAAUUUGGUAUAAACAAAACUGCCUUUAAUUUGUAUUAUUCCGUGAGCUUCCGUGUACUUCCGAGGAGGAUAUUAGCUGUCAUUUUUGUGUACACAAAAAUGUUUUUUUAGGUUAGUUAAUGCCUUUUUUCCAAUCAUUACGUCCAUUUGAUGAAUUUAAAUUGGAGAAAGUAUUGGUUUCGCUGGGAAACUUCGUCUUAGUAAAGAACUAUUAUCAGUCAGUGCCAGAUGAACAACCUGGAUUUGAGACCAAGAAGAAAGUUGACUAAGGUAAAAUAGCUUUGCUCCUCACAAUGGAUGUCACUUUGACUCUACCACCUCGCUCGAAAUUUGUACUCAUUUUGGAAUCAAGUGUAGCCGUCAUUUUCAUGUUACUGUCACUGAUUGGAAACUUUACAGUAUGCUUGGCAAUUUUUCGUAAAAGGCUUUUGAGAACGGUACCGAACUAUCUCCUGUUGAACCUGGCCACUGCAGACAUUCUCAGUGCCGUUAUCAGCUUCCCUCUGCUAGUCUCUGUCCUUAUCAGUGGUAAGUGGAUGUUUUCUAGAAGCGUUUGCCAAAUCCAGGCUUUUCAAAGCUAUGUCUCGUACUCUUGCAGUCUCUUGACUCUUACCGUUACUAGCAUUACAAGAUAUUACGCAACUGUUCACCCAGUCAAACACAGAGGAGUAUUUAAAGUGAAAAAAGUUUUAGUAUUGAUCUCUAUCGUUUGGACCGCAUCAUGUGCGUUUGCCGCGAUGCCACUCCUCGGGUUGGGACGAUAUCAGUUUGAGGCUUUUUACGCUAUCUGCAUUCAUGACCACAACGCCAGUUCAUCGUACAACAUGUUUUCGUUCACCUUUUUGAUAGUGAACUCAACAGUAAUUGUGACUUGUUAUUCAAGAAUAUUUAAAGCCAUGAAAACAAGAAAGCGCAGAAUCCAUCAUUUGUUUGCCCAAGGUUCGACAUCGAGGCAGUUGGAGAUGAUAAACGCGCAAGAAGCAAAACUGACCAACACAAUCUUCAUCGUGAUAUGUCUAUUUACUCUAUGCUAUAUUCCAACAAUAGUGCUAGGAUUUUUAAUGUUUGUGACCGUGAAUGUUCCGCGCUUUGCCCGAAUGCUGUCAACAUUUUCAGUGGGAUUCACAUCCGUGGUAAAUCCAGUUAUCUAUUGGGUGCGCAGUAAAGCUUUUCGCGAAGCUCUUGUCGGGAUUUUUAGAAAAAACAGUUUCGAGAGAAAUUCACUUCGAAUCGACGUGGGCGAGCUUACUAGAUGUUCCAAUCCAGUAGAGCUUGUUAAUGUUUCAAGAGGAGAUGAUGGAACCGUGAAGAAAAGGAAAACUACAAUUACUUCACCAGAGGUUAUAGUACAUGUCUGAUUAAGCUAUCCAUACGGAGCCAAACGAACAUAACAUUUUUAAAUUGAUGGACAGGCCAUCAUUAAACGGGUAUUUUGGUAUUAAGGCAAAGCAAAGUGAUGAAAAGCACUAUAAAAACAAAAAAAUAUAUUACACAAUAAAUUCAGUUAAAUGUCAGAACGGAUCGUCCCUGUCGAAGGCUAGAUGAAACCAUAACGAAACAUAAAUAUGGAGAGGGCUGCCACUUGACGAUGCUCUGGUUGCACCUGUCUAAAUAACAGUUUUGAUGGGUAUAGAAAAUAUAUUCAGAAAUUGUAAUGUAUAGAAUUGCCUAUAGAUGAGCUCGAAAUGACUUUAAAUUUUCAGUGUUCAAUUUAUUCAACUCUUAAAUUGUUUUCAUAUUGGAAAUAUUACUGAAACUAUUUUUCAUGUUUUUUUUUGGUGCUACUUGUACCUAUUGCGGUCUUUUGGCCAAAAGCAGUCACUACCAUGGAGACCUUACAACGUUUUGUUCUGCCGCCAAGAAGCGGAAACGAAUGACUGUGACUAUGCUCUUUCAUUUUCUUGUUGUUGUUAUUGUUUUUUCAUCCUAGUCGCUCAUUAUUAAAAAUUAUUUUCCAGCUCCAAUUUUACCGACAAAAUGCGUUGAGAGUAAACGGUCUAAUAAAGUCAAGAGUCUACAGAAGUAUACCGACAUAAAAAGCGACCUUGACAAAAAUUGAAGAAAAUAUGAAAUACUUCUUACUUUCUACUGACUCUUACUAAUGAACU